AGCGGCCCGGGAGCGGCCCGGGGCGGACGGGCGCCCGGCCCAGCAGCGUAGCCCCGCACCGCAGCCCCGCACCGCGCUCGGGGGAGUGGGCGCCCCCCGGGCGGCUGCGCCCCCAUGGAGGCUUUCCCCGGUGGCAAGCUGGAGCAGCACCGGCACCUCCCCCCCGUGGAGUGCCUGCCGGGCGCCCGCUACGGCGGCCGGAGUCACAGCGCCUGCGGGAACGUCUUCAACUCCUGGAACGACUACCUGGGGCUGGCCACGCUCAUCACCAAGGCCGUGCGCCCCGGCAAGGGCUUCGGCACCGAGCCCCCCUCGGUGGUGGUGGCGGCCGCCGUGCCGCCGGCCGAGGAGGAGGAGGAAGAGGAGGAGGAGGAAGAGGCGGCGGGGCCGUACUUCGAGGGCGCGCUGGACUUGCACGACCUGGACCUGUGCGGGCAUCACCACCACCACCACGGCGAGGGGCUGCUGGAGGAGCGCUUCGCCGACUUCAGCCCCUUCCCCGGGCGCGGCGGCCCCGCCGCCGUGGUCUUCGACUGCUCGGGGGAGCACCCGGGCCGGGAGGGCUCGCCGCACGCCUGGGGCGGGCUGGUGGUGGCGGGGCGGCUGCCGAGCCACCCGCGGGCCGCCUCCCGCCUGCUCAAGCCCGAGCUGCAGGUCUGCGUCUUCUGCCGGAACAACAAGGAAGCCGUGGCCCUCUACACCACCCACAUCCUCAAGGGACCCGACGGCCGCGUCCUCUGCCCGGUGCUGCGGCGCUACACCUGCCCUCUCUGCGGCGCCAGCGGCGACAAUGCCCACACCAUCAAGUACUGUCCCCUCUCCAAAAUGCAGGCGGCCAAACAGCUCAAACACGCCCGGACCGCCCUGGGGAAGAAGGGCCGUUAGACGCCGGAGCCCCGCGGGCGGCCCUGCCCGCCCCCGCCUCUGCCCCGCGGAGGGUCGGGGCGGAUGGCGGGGGGUCGGGGCGGGUCGUUCCAUCACGCGUUAAUAUAUUAAGGGCGGAGAGCGGCAGCGCCGGGCCGGUGGCCGCCGCGGGUGGCGUCCGGUGCGCGCUGGCCCGCGCGGAGCCCGGCCGCGGGCGCCGCGCAGCUGAGAUGAUGCACUGUAUUUGUUUAUUGUAAGAAAAAAAUAUAUAUAUGUGAUUUUUACGGAAACGGA